UCCUCGGCGGGCGGCGGCUAUGGCGACGGUGGCGGCGGGCGGCGAGCCGGUGGAGCCGCAGUCGUUGAAGAAGCUAAGCCUCAAGUCGCUGAAGCGCUCGCAGGACCUCUUCGCGCCCAGCCACUCCCUCCUAUUCUCCCCAGACGCCGAGAGCAAGCGGAUUCGUGUCGGCUGCAAGGUGAAUGCGGAGUAUGGUGCGGUCAAGAACCUGCCGACCGAUCAGGGCCGGGUGCAGGGGAAGGGUGCUGCGGCUCCUUCCUCCGCAUUGGCGCUUCCAGGCACACAAGACACAAAAGAUGAUCGUGGGGGAGGCACAAGUAAUGCCAUUAUCCCUGCCCCACUUAUGCUUCCUAAGGCACCUGAUUCUACAGGACAAGGCAAAAACAGAACUGUACUAUCGAUUCCCGGGUCAUCUGACAGAUUCUCGACAUCUGCACUGAUGGAGAGGUUACCAAGUAGAUGGCCUAAACCUGAAUGGCAUGCUCCCUGGAAGAACUAUCGGGUCAUCAGUGGUCACUUAGGAUGGGUGCGAUCUAUAGCAUUUGAUCCAGGGAAUGAAUGGUUCUGUACUGGUUCUGCUGAUAGGACAAUAAAGAUAUGGGACCUUGCAUCGGGAACUUUGAAGCUUACACUGACUGGUCAUAUUGAGCAAGUACGCGGACUUGCUGUCAGUCAGCGGCACACAUAUUUAUUUUCCGCUGGUGACGACAAACAAGUAAAAUGUUGGGAUCUCGAACAAAAUAAGGUUAUACGGUCUUACCAUGGGCAUCUGAGUGGGGUUUACUGUCUGGCUCUCCACCCAACAAUUGAUGUCUUGCUGACAGGUGGUCGAGAUUCAGUUUGUAGAGUGUGGGACAUCCGAACAAAAGCACAUGUUUCUGCUUUAACUGGUCAUGAUAACACAGUUUGUUCAGUGUUUGCUCGGCCAACGGAUCCACAAGUUAUCACUGGCUCACAUGAUACAACUAUCAAGCUCUGGGAUCUUGUAGCUGGGAAGACUAUGUGUACUCUUACGCACCAUAAGAAGUCUGUUCGGGCUAUGGCUCUGCAUCCGAAAGAGAAAUCAUUUGCAUCAGCAUCAGCCGAUAACAUUAAAAAGUUUAGCCUGCCCAAAGGCGAAUUUUUGCACAACAUGCUGUCCCAGCAGAAAACAAUUCUUAAUGCAAUGGCUGUUAACGAGGAUGGUGUCCUGGCAACUGCAGGGGACAAUGGAAGCAUGUGGUUUUGGGAUUGGAAGAGUGGCCAUAAUUUUCAGCAAGAACAGACUAUCGUCCAGCCUGGAUCACUGGAGAGUGAAGCGUGCAUAUAUGCCCUAUCUUAUGAUAACAGUGGGUCGAGGCUUGUGACCUGUGAGGCAGAUAAAACUAUAAAGAUGUGGAAAGAAGAUUUAACAGCAACACCAGAAACCCACCCUGUCAACUUCAAGCCACCAAAAGACAUCCGGAGAUAUUGACUGCCACAGAAAUCACAAGAUUAAUUUCAACUGCCCAAAUUCUACCUCUUGGUUGGUUGAGUGGUCACUUCAGUGAGCCUGUAUGGUUGGUAUAUUUCAGGUCAUAACGUCCCUGUAACUGUAAUACAAGAAGUGUUGUACUGGUAUUUAUUGCUUAAUAUGAAGAAUGCUUUCUGGUUCUAAUUAAUUAUGUUCUAUGGCUUGUACCGCAUAAAGAAUUCAAUGAUGUAUCAAAAUCCGGCUGUUAUAGUGGUGUUUGUACUCUACAGGUUCUCUGUAAAA